GUGAUAAAAGUGGCAAGAGUGACGAGGGCCACGCAUCUGGCGAGUUGGUAAAGACGACAAGGUUGUGCUGCUUUCUCCUCCUGUCGGCACCUUCAAUCGCAUAAGCUGGACUGGAGUGCCAUAACCUUUUUUUUUACUUGAAAUCACUGGGAGAUCGAGGAAUGAUUGCUGCUUAUAGAGCAUUGCUGUGGUGGUGGCAUGUUAGCUUGAGAAGUGGUUUUCGAGCCUGGGUUGGCGCGGGUCUUGAAGAAUCUCUGUAUGGUUUCGCUUCGAAGUACUUUAGAUCUUUCAUCAUACUUGGCCGUAUGGCACAUUCACGCAUAUAUUGAAUGUCAUGGUGUUUCUGUGGGCUACGUAGCGAUGGUUGCAAUAUUGCUUGUUCUAGGCUCGGCCUAGUAACUGCUCAAUGUCGGUUUGGGGAAUGGCUGCGGCUGUGUCUGUUGUGAUGUGUACCUGUCGUCGAGGAAUGGAGGUGGUUUAGGUAGCACAUUUUGUUCUGUUCGAAGUGGCAGAAACUUCACAGUAGACUGUAAAUGCUGUAUAUUUUUAUUUUUUAAAAGCGUUUGCGAACUUUUAGUGCAAAUGUUCGAAACGUUGGACAUCCUGUUUUAAUAAGUCGUCUGCUUGAGAAAUCAGAAGAGGCGCACUCUGCACGCUCAGCUGAAAAUAUGAAUUACAUUCUACUAGGAAUUGAGCGUACGGUGUAUCUAGUUUGCUACUUUUCAGAAGCAAUCCCCAGAGUCUAAGCUGUUAGACGAAAGUUCUAGAUGUAAGAAAACAGGACCACGGAGGUUUUUUAUGACGAGCGCAAUGUUUACGAGGCUGUCGAAAUCCCGGCCACAUGAGGGUUCUAGAAAUUCCUCUCGACUCUCUCCUCAGGGAGAUCACGACAGUCAUGACGAUAAUGAGAAUGGCAGCUACAAUCGCAGUUUUGGCAAACUUCCAUCGCGGAAUUCUCUACGGGCGUCAAGAUCUCCGCCCGAUGCUUGUAUUCACCAAAAAUCACUUUCAUUGGCUUCAGAAAAUUAUGAAAUCCCAUGUGUUACACCUCUGUACGUGAAUUCCGACUCCGACAUCGAUGACAAUGUGUCCUUUGCAGAAAGCCUAUUUCCCAUUUCUCCCCCAGUUUUCAGUGCACAUUGUCUCGGUCGAAGGUCAACUGAGAGCUACUUCAUGAGCGAUAGUGACUACUCUCCUCUCACUGAUUCUCGCGGGUCGAAGAAAUCUCCCUUAGUUCAUGGUUUCAGUAAACAGAUUGAGAAUGGGAGAAGGAGCGUCGAUAUGGGAAAUAAAAAGUUAGGGGGCUCUCUACAUGUGGACAAUUUCAGCAUCUUACCGAUCGGUGAAAGAGUAAGCUUCAAUAUUGAGGAACACGGAACCUGGGAGGCAAGUUCUAAGCGAGACAGGGACCCGAAGGAAUUGGAUAAAGGGGCGAGGAGCUGGACGGCGUCAUCGAUGCUGGAGGAAGAGAUCGACGUCGGCUCAGCCGUGUUGCCCCCUUACGACGAUGCUGAGGAUGAAUUUUUAGAGGAGUUUGAAGGAUACUUCGAUAAUCUGCACGUCGACAAUGUGCGACAGGACCAGUACCCUAAGUUGCAGCUUCAAAAUCUUGUGUAUCUCGAUUAUGCAAGUUGUCCCCUGUUCUCCAAGUUUCAGGUCGAAGAACAUUCAAGGAUCAUUUUGGCAGAAGGACCUUGCCUUAGUUACACAUCCGUGUCGUCAUCUUUAGACAAUCCUCUCUUCUCCCACGUUUCUGAAACCCAGCACCGGCUUCUUAGUAUGCUUAACACCACUUCAAGUAACUAUUCUAUCAUAUUUACAGCCGGGUUUCAACAGAGCUUCCGGGUUCUUGCGGAGUCCUUCCCUUUUCGAAAAGGCACUCCUCUUCUUGUCUGUCAAGAUAAUCAUGUUGCCGUCCGUCAAGUAAUGCAAUCAGCACACAGAGCCGGUGGAAGGUCUGUCCUGUCGCCAGUCACGGAGGAGCUCUGUAUUCAAAGCGACGAACUUCACAAACUCUUGCGCCGCCAAACAAAGCGAAAUGCGAGCAAUGUUGGCCUCUUCAUCUACCCCGCUCAAUCGAACGUCUCUGGAAUAAAGCAUUCUCUGAAAUGGAUAGCAGAGGCACAGCAAAACAAAUGGAACGUUUGCCUAGAUGUCACAACAAACCUUCCGUCGAAUCAUUUAGAUCUAUCUACCUAUCAGCCAGACUUCAUUGUGGGCUCCUUUCAACACAUAUUCGGCUACCCCUCCGGAAUGGGCUUUCUCCUUGUUCGAAGGGAGUCUUUUUGUGUUCGAGCAUUACCCUCAGAAGCGGUCCAGUUCAUCCGAAACAUGGCAGCGGAUGAAGGCGAACACUGUCACAUCUUGUGCCCAACCGAUAACACCAUGAACCUCCUCCAGUUUGCAGCUUUGAACCUCGGAUUCAUCCAGCUCGAACGGAUCGGUUUAUCCGCUAUCCAGAAGCGUGUGAGUUCAUUGAUGCAAUGGCUGGUGCAGCGGUUGUGCACCCUUAGGCACAAAAAUGAUGACUCUCGCUACCUCCUACGAGUUUAUGGCUCUCAUGCUAACGAGGGCCAAGGAAGCAUUGUUACGUUCAACGUUAUUGACCUCUCAGGUACAACUCUUCCACCCCACAUCGUUCUCAAACUUGCUGCGAGGUGUAACAUUAAACUAGCCAUUGGCAACUUCAACAACCCCGGAUUAUCGUAUCUGUUGGGAGACAAACCGAAUGAAAGGCCGAAGGAUGUCGGCAUCUUUGAGGGGAAUUGGGGGUUUAUGGCUGUGAGAGCUUCAUUUGGAGCUGUUUCGAAUUUCUCCGACGUGUACAGACUUCUGCAGUUCUUAUCUAGAUUCAGAGAUGAGGAGUAUUUAACAACUGAAGCUAUGGGCUUCAUUGAGGAAAGUAAUCUCUUGCAAUAAUGUAUAGAUAUAUUGAUCCUGUUAGCUCAGUAUAUUUAACAUUCUGCGUCUACCCACGCUGGUUUGAUCCGCUGAAAAUGUUCAGAAUUCUCUGGGAACGACUCUCGACAUCUACUACUUCUGACAUUCUGGCAAGUUGUGUGCUGCACACAUUGUUGAUAGAACAGUUAUGUACAAAGAGCUCUUGGUCCACAUAUGUUUAGGGACAAUUCACUACAACACAACUGCUCACCACCAGUUGUUUCUGUGAUCAGCGGCAGAUACUGAAGUUGCGUA